AUGAACGGAGACACGACAGACGCCACACGGGCGCCUCGGAAGCCACGCCCCGAGAUUCAGAUUUAUCGUCCCGGAGCACUUCGACAAGGCGGAAGUACGAAGAAUCUGACGGCAGGCGGCGGCUCAACGACGACGACGAACGACGAAAGAUUGCCACCACGACCGGAGAAAUUGACGUCUUCUGGAGUCAUCGUCACGUCAUCUGGAGCAUCCAGAAGACGAAGUAAUGAUACGGAUAGUGUGACGUCACGUGGUGGAUCGGGAAGUACGACACCAGAUGCGAUGGCGAUGAAUGAACGGGCGGCCGGACGACAGAGAUUCGAGAGGAGAACGGAUGGGGGAGGAGGACACUCGAAUUAUAACUCGACACAAUCGCUAUAUGACACUCGACAACAAGGCGGCUAUAUGGAGUAUAAUGGGAAUCAGCGGAAUCAUCGGAAUGGAAGAUUCCAGAAUUCUCAUCAGAAUCAUCAGAAUCAUCAGAAUCCGAGUCACUUUCAACAGAGACAACCGUUCGAACGAAAUUCUGGCGGCGGCGGAGGGGGGAAUUAUUUCCGUGGUUUCAACGAGCGUGCCUCAAUGCGUGGCGACGGUGCAAUCGCCCGUCGUCCCCAAGGUUCUCGUCGUCAACGCAACGAUUCAAUCAAUUCGACACAAUCCGAAAUGCCACCAGCGACCACAUCUCAACCUCUUCAUAUCGAUACUUCACUAGACUCCGCCUCUCAAUGUGGUGCCUCCUCGAAUUACUCGAUGAAUUCGCUCGGCGAAGCGUUCAGUUUCGAGGAAAUGUGCCAGAAUUUGCAGAAUUUCGCAUCGAUGGAUUGGAGUAAAGAGGUGGAGGAGGAGUUUGCAAUGCAGAGAGAGAUGGAGGAAGCGGCGGCGGCGGCGAAGCUCCAGAAUCCGCCACGACGACGUCGUGGUCGUGGCACCGCUCGUUACGAUGAGAGCGACCGCGAGUCGUCGUUCGGUGGGUCGAUAGCCGAGGAACCGGCGGAGGAGGAGGCGGAGCCUAUUCGUUCCGGAGAACGGACGCCGACGUCUACACGAUCUGGGAAUGUAUACGUGCCACGUGGAUAUCCACAGAAUCAUCAGAAGACGUCACGAGGAGGAGCCGCCAACGAUGAGAAUCAUCAUCACGGCGUCCCAAAACAGAGAAAAGAGCAAAAAGAGCCGCGAAAAUACCGUGGCGAACACGACGACCGAGACGACGAAACGACGGAAUACAGUUUGGAGAGUCAUAUGACGAGUGGGCGACUCGCCGGACGAAUUACGAUUGUACCCAGAGAGAAUGUACAGAGUGUGGCGGUUGAGGGGACCGCUAGAAACUCAGCCCAUCGUCAACACACGAAACCCGACGACUCUCAACGUCCAUUCCAUCAAAAACGCAGUCAAAAUCAGUCAGAAAUGGCGACGAGAGCCGAGCAGAAUCGGCGACGACAAGAAGAGAUCGAGAGGAAUGAGGGGAGAAAAAUUAGAGAGAUUGGUGAAAAAAUGGAAAAACUGUCGGGACUCGUCAAAAAACGAGAUCUGAAAGCGGCGGAGAAGAUUUCCGAGUUUAGUAUGAAAUUGGCGAAUAUCUACUCGAAACUCAUCGUUCAAGACGUCAUCUACUCGUUUACCGCCGGUUUGGAGCAGAAAUUGUUUAGACAGGCGUUUUAUAAGUCAAUCGAAUGUCUGCGUACUGGCUCGAACUCCGCCUCCCCAGACGCCCGUCUUAUUCGUGCGGCGACUCAAAAGUUGCUUUUGAAUGGAAUUGUCUUCUAUGAAUCAUUGAUUUCCACGUAUGAAUCAGAAUUCCACGUGGCAAUGAAUGACGUUUUGACGUGGACGAGUGGAUGGCCGACGGACGAGGAGUUGUGUGAUGAGGAGGGUCUGGAUCUACCGAUUGGAAGUCAGAAAUAUGAAUCAGCAGUGCAGAAAACAGCCAUCAAAUCGUUGUCCCGUCAUUUGAUCUCACUUGGAGAUCUUCAUCGAUACAAAAGUCUCAUUGAUGGAUCGGAGAAUUAUGAGAUAUCGAAAAGGUAG